UUCCUUAAUCCCUUACACAGGGGAAAAAAGCCCCCACAAAACAUCUCUUGAGAUGAACUAGCACAGCACCAUUGUUCAGCUGGCUGGAUUUCACACACUACAAUGAAGAUACUGUUUUUCACUGGACUGCUCUCUUUUACCUCCAGUCUUUGCACUACAGCUUCAGAAUUUUCACAGAAUGGCUCUGCAAUUAAAACAGUGUCUCUUAUCAAAACUUUUCGGGGAAUUUCAGCGAGAGACUAUGAUUACAUCCCCCCUUAUGCUAUAGAAGGGGAAACAGCAACCAUCCAUAUCAGAGAAAACAAAUGCAGUUCAAAAAAGUCAAAUGACUCCACAUUAACAGAAGUGAGCAACACCACACUGGAGUACCUCACUAGCUCUCUGAGCACCAAGCUAAUACCUGCUGUCUACCUCAGUGCUCUGUUAUUGGGCGUGCCUUCUAACGCCAUCAUUCUGUGGAUGCUACUCUUCAGGAUCCGCUCCGUGUGCACCGCCGUCCUCUACACAAACCUGGCUGUUUCAGACCUGCUCUUCUGCAUCAUACUGCCCUUCAAAAUAGCCUACCACAUCAACGGGAACAACUGGGUAUUUGGGGAGACCAUGUGUCGGGCGGCCAUGGCGGUGUUUUACGGCAACAUGUACUGCUCCAUUCUGCUGCUCACGUGCAUCAGUGUCAGCCGCUACCUGGCCAUCGUCCACCCCUUCACCUACAAGAGCCUCCCGAAGCGCGCCUACGCCAUCGCAGCCUGCGCCGCCGUCUGGGCCAUCGUCUUCCUCUACAUGCUCCCGCUCGCCAUCACGCAGCAAAGCUAUUAUGUGAAGCAGCUGGACAUUUAUACCUGCCACGACGUGCACAGCGCCUGUGAAACUGUGUCUUCCUUCCAGUUCUACUACUACGGGUCCUUGGCUGUAUUUGGGUUUUUAAUACCGCUUGCAACUAUCGUGUUCUGCUAUGUCUCGAUUAUACGAACACUCAAGACUCACGAAUGGUUCUGGUAUGUCAAAGUCAGUCUUUUGAUUCUUACCAUCUUUGCUAUUUGCUUUGUGCCAAGCAAUAUUAUCCUUAUUAUUCAUCACAUCAACUAUUACUAUUACAACACGGACAGGCUGUAUUCUUUUUAUCUAAUUGCUUUAUGUCUUAGCAGCCUAAACAGCUGUCUUGAUCCUUUCCUUUAUUUUCUGAUGUCAAAAAUUAGAAGUCAAUCCAAUAUUUAUCUGACAAUGGUUAAAAUAUCCAGGGAAAAAUGAAUUUAUUUCUAUAACUGGAAUUAUGGUUUUGUACAGUACUAACACUGACAGCAACAAAUCUCAGGUGUGACAUUUAUACUUCAAGUAAAAUGGGUUAGAAAACACAAUCUCAGUUAAAUUUACUUCCUUCCACACAAGGAAUAUCUCCAAAAAUACACUCUCCAGCUCUAUAACUUUAUUACAUGUGUUGCAACAACUGUGGUACCUAGAUUCAGGGAAGCAGCUCUGCACCUCCAUUUCCUUCUGAGAUCACUUUCUGGCCAUGGAGAAGCUGCCAGAGUAUCAGGCACCCCAGCUUCUAAAUACCAGAAGAGGAGUCAGCACCCAAUGAGCACUUCUAGGGCAAUUCAUGACACUUGAAAUUAGCUCUCAGCCAACAAUCACUGCAGGAACAGUGUUACAAAAACAAGUUUUUGGCCUGGUGAAAAUGGGAACAAGCACUUGGUACAUGCCAGGGAGCAAUCAAGAGCAAGUACUGCCCAGGAUGUUGGAAAUACAGAAUCCCCAUAGGUUCACAAAACAAUAAGUCUACAGCAGUGGAUGCAGAACCUGACUCUUCCAAGGCUACCUCUCCCAUGAGGCUGCUUAACCAGCUCUGCACUGGAGACUUGUUCUUCCACUUCGUCAGCACCUGCACUUCCCUAACCCACAGGGAUUGCUGGGAGCUAACCCUUAUCAGUGUGAAUCCAGGCAUAUAUUACUCUUGCUUGGUAAGCAAAACAGAGAAGCUAUUUUGUAGUAUUCUCUAUUUCCACAUCCUCACAGGAAAUACCUACAGUGUUACAAAUACUGCAGCUAGUUACUGUUGACUAUUAGUAAAACAAUGGGUCAAUUUUUACCUUUACAGAAACUCAAAACCUACUUAUAUACUAAGUUCCUAAAAAAUUCCCUCAGUGAUGUCAUUUGAAUUUGUAACUGCAGCAUGUAAGUGAGGAUAAAAAUGUUUUAUGUAGUUUUGAUAAUAGUAUUGUAAAAAAACUUUACUUAAAUAAACUGAGUUGCACUAGAAAAUGCCUCAAGGGAAUUUGCAGCCUGGUGACGGUCCCCUUUUUCUAUCUCUUCUGGUUCUUAAAUUAAGUUAAUUUUAAUCCUGCCAUUCCUUCAACAUGCACAAGAACAAACUUUAAAGAUAACUCUAAAAUAAUUCAAAUAUUACACAACUGUUGAAAAUAUAAAUGAGGUGAACCCAACUAAAACCUCUGUACCUAUCACACAAAAAAAUGCUACAACCAAAAAUAGUAAUUUGGUCCAUCUGUUUAACUUUCCAGCUAUCCACAAUAUGCUCCCUUAAGACAGGAUUUCUCUCCACUGGGACCUGAAUACAUUUGCCUUGAAAAGGCUUUCAAAACUGUUAAAAGCUGUGGUUUAAGAUUUACAGGGCAAAUGAGUUCCAGGUUUGUGUUUUCAGUUUCAAGCAAGGAACAAAUAGGUCAGAUCUGAGAUGAGGACCUCAGAUUAUAAGGAUAAUGCGUUCUGGCAGAUUUGGGUGCAGACUCCUCCAAAUCACAGAAUCACAGAAUUUCUAGGUUGGAAGAGACCUUUAAGAUCAUUGAGUCCAACCCAUGUUCUAACACCUCAACUAGAUCAUGGCACCAAGUGCUACAUCCAGUCUUUUUUUAAACACAUUGAGGGAUGGUGACUCCACCACCUCCCUGGGUAGAUGAUUCCAGUAUUUGACCACUCUUUCUGUGAAAAACUUCCUCCUUAAUUCUAGCCUGUA